AUGGCUCGGGGUGUGCUCUGUGCCCUGCUGCUGGCGCUGGGCUGCGCCCUGGGCCAGGCGGGGGAGUAUUGCCACGGCUGGUCGGGGGGUGCCCAGCGCUGGCACCGCGGCUUCCAGUGCCCCGAGCGCUCGGACGGCCCCCUGGCCACGCUGUGCUGCGGCUCCUGCAGCCUCCGCUACUGCUGCUCGGCCCCCGAGAGCCGCCUGGACCAGGGCAGAUGCCCCGGGGAGCCCCUGCCCAGCCCCAGGACCCCUGUGCCAGUGCCCGUGUACCUGCCUUUCCUCCUCGUCGGCUCCGUCUUCGUGGCAUUUGUUGUUGGCGGCGCCUGCGUUGGAAUUUGCUGCUGCAAAUGCUUCAAAUCCCGAGCUGAGGGGCAGCAAAGUGGGCUUGCACCCGGCCAGACUUGGCUACUAGAGCCUGACGUUCCUUCUGGCCUCCCCAGCUCUGCCCUCAGGGGCUCCCUGGGCAGCGCCCCUCCAAGCAGCAUCUGCACGGCUCUGCCUCCACCCGUCCCUGUCCUCGGGCUGGCUCAAAACCCUCGGUUCUUCUCCCCUCCAUGCACCAGUGCACAGCUCUCACACCCUUCCCGUGCUCUCCACGGGAUCCCAAGGGAUCACAUGUCAGUCCUGGCUCCAGCACCAUUCCUUAAAAGAACAAUUCAUGGACAUGGUGCUGAGGCAGCUCUUGGAGUGGCACAGGGUAAGCCAGGGAUGUUCUCAGCAGUUCAUGUCUGACUGCCACUCACACCACCCACCUGCAUCUGCCUCACGACUACUUUGGGACUGAAUUGAGGACUUGGAAAUAUUUGGUGCUACUAGGAAGUGCAUCAAUUUUGGCUUUUUA